AUGUCGAUCACUCUCUACAUCACUCGUCAUGGUGAACGUAUGGAUCACGUAGAACCAAGUUUUGCUUACACUUCUACAACUCCUUAUGAUCCACCGUUAACACCUAGAGGUAAAAAACAGGCCAAAAAAACGGGUUCUUAUAUUCACAAUAUACAUCUAGAAACAAUUGUCAAAGAUGUUCAACGUCAAAGAAAAGUAGAAUAUCUUAUUUAUACUAGUCCCUUCUUGAGAACGGUUGAAACUGCUAUUGGUAUUGCGGAAGGAAUUAAUUCUUCUGAUAAAGAUUUACCGGCUAAAUCAAUUCAAAUUAAACUUGAACCCGCACUUUCGGAAUGGCAUACUGCUGCCUAUUACGCAAAUGCGGUACCAAAUAGUAUUAUCACUUCUCGUGUAGAAGAAUUACAUCGUUUAAAUCAAGACGCACAACAACAAUCUUUCUUUGAAGUGGAUUGGGGAUAUAAACCAGUUUUCGCGGAAUUACCGGAAUAUCCUGAAGGAAUUUAUGAAGUAAUGAAUCGUUGUGGUUUGGCAUUAAAACAAUUAACUACACCUUUCAUCGAAGAUCUUCAAGGGGAUAAAACUAAAGAUGUGGUUUUGAUCUUCGUAACACAUGGGUGGUGUUUUAAUGUUAUUCAAGAAGCAUGUUCAAAAGCUAGUACUUGGAUGGAAGCCGGAUUUUGUGCAGUAUCUCGUGCUAGUAGUCCAUACGGAAAAUGGCUAAUUGAUGUAACUGCUAAUACGUCGCAUUUAAAAGAAAUAUAA